GGAUCCUUUGUCCAUCAGUAUUCUUUCACUAGCCUGCCAUGCCUGGCUUCAAUGGCACCCCCUUCCAACCAGCAACACUCCAACUGACAGGCAUUCCUGGGAUGCAAACAGGCCUAGCCUGGGUUGCCCUGAUUUUCUGCAACCUCUACCUGAUCUCCAUCAUAGGCAACCUCAGCAUCCUCGCUCUGGUGUUUCGGGAGCCUGCUCUGCACCAGCCCAUGUACUACUUCCUCUCUAUGCUCUCUCUCAAUGAUCUGGGUGUGUCCCUUUCUACACUCCCCACUGUGCUUGCUACCUUCUGCUUCAACUACCGCUAUGUUGGCUUUGAUGCCUGCCUAGUUCAGAUGUUCUUCAUCCACAUUUUCUCUUUUAUGGAAUCAGGCAUACUGCUGGCCAUGAGCUUUGAUCGUUUUGUGGCUAUUUGUGACCCACUACACUAUGCCACUGUGCUCACCAACAAUCGCAUCUUGGCUAUGGGCUUGGGUAUCUUUACCAAGAGUUUCACCACUCUCUUUCCUUUCCCCUUUUUGGUGAAACGACUGCCCUUCUGCAAAGGCAAUGUUUUGCAUCACUCCUACUGCCUCCAUCCAGAUCUCAUGAAAGUGGCAUGUGGAGACAUCCAUGUUAACAAUAUCUAUGGACUCAUUGUAGUCAUUUUCACCUACGGUGUGGACGCAACUUUCAUCCUGCUUUCCUAUGCAUUGAUCCUGAGAACUGUGCUGGCCAUCGCAUCCCAGGAGCAACGUCUCAAGGCACUCAAUACCUGUAUGUCACACAUCUGUGCUGUGUUGGCCUUUUAUAUGCCCAUAAUUGCUGUCUCCAUGAUCCACCGUUUCUGGAAACAGGCACCCCCUGUUGUUCAUGUCAUGAUGUCCAAUGUCUACCUAUUUGUACCCCCCAUGCUCAACCCCAUUAUCUACAGUGUGAAGACCAAAGAGAUACGCAGAGGGAUUUUCAAGGUCUUCCAUAAAUCCCAGGUCUGAGGAAGG